AUUACUCUUCUCGAACACCCACUGGGUACGCAAUUAGACAUGGCGGACGAUGAAUUGGCGCAGAUUCGAGCGGCACGGCUUGCCCAGUUGAGACAACAGGGUGGUGCAGGCUCACCUGACAAUGCUGAAGAACAAGAUCAGAAACGAAAACAAGAAUCCGAAGCAAGGUCCUCGAUCCUCAACCAGAUACUGGAGCCUGAGGCGCAAGACCGUCUUGGUCGCAUCCGUCUGGUCAAAGAAUCACGAGCCACUGAUGUCGAGAAUCGCUUGAUUGCUCUGGGGAGGUCGGGACAAUUACGUCAAAAGGUGACAGAAGCUCAGCUCAAGGACAUGCUGGCCAGCCUGUCUGAACAUGAAAAACAAUCCGGCCAGACGCUUGAAAGUGUGAAGGUCGUAAGAAGAGGGGGGUGGGAUGAUGAUGAUCUGGACGACCUGCUCAAGGAUUCAUGACCAUGUUUUGCUUCGACACGAUACCCCGUUCUAAAAGUGUUGUACAUUUUCUUACACUUGUUUCAUGCUACGGUCGAAGAAGGGGCUGCCGAUGCGGCUUCUUGUGCUGCCUUGGCCGCUCUGCGCUGCUCGCGGAGUUGUCUUCGAAUCUCCCUCAAGUCCGGUGGCUGUUCGAUGCCCAGUCUCUGGCGCAGUUCCUCCACUGGGGUCUCGAGUUCUUCCUCCCAAUAUACAUUGAUCAGAUCAUGGCUCUUCCAACCAUUGGCAAAAGCCCAGGGCAAGAAGAUUUCAAACAUUCUCUUUCUCUCCGCCGGUUUCAGACGAACAAUGGCUGCCAGACUCAGGCCGGUCAUGGGCAAGCCAGUGUUGGCAAACUCGAAAGCCUUCAAGCCAAUUUCGCCUUCAACCCAGACUGGAAGACCCGUGACGGCGUGGUAGAAAUCAUGACAUUCGCG